AUGGACGAGAAGAUGGAUAGCGGAUACCUAGCGCCUGGGGAAACGCUGGAUGACGACUAUGAUGUUCUUAGUGAUCUGUUGCCGGAGGAAGUUGUGGGAAUUACCGAUCAGUUGUUGUGUCAAGAGGUUGCGUGGCAUAUCGGCCAUCCGCUCUCGCAGACGCUGUUUACGUCCAUCUACCUCGAUAGGUUACUUUGGCCUGUUCCGCAGACGCUGGAUGAGGCGAGAUUUGACCGGGUGGAUGGCCGUGGGACUGGUAAAGGUGGGGAGGGAGAGGGUGGGGAUUGUACGGGAGGUUCGAAGAAGGAAAGAUGGGAUGGGCUGGUUGGUCUUGUUUUGAGGGCGUAUUGUCUUGCCCUCAUCAAGGCGUGCGAUCGGGUGAUCUCCAAAGUGAGCUCGGAGUAUUACCACGAGGAUGAAGACUUCGUCACCCAACUCUAUAACCGCAGUUUUCUCGCCGACGUCGACUCGUCACGCAUCCAAGCCGUCCUCACCGACGCCCUAAACUGGCUAGAGACUCAGAAGGGAGCUAUCGAUGACACAGUCCGUGAAGCACUGACUGCCCGUCUUAUAUUCCGCGCUGAGCUACUCCGCGCCUUAGACAUGGAUAACGCGCCCGUCAAAAUGCGCACCUCUCAACACUUUCUCAAGAGCCUGGCGCAGCUUUCGCUCCUUGAGAAGUCGGUGGUGGUCGGUCGACCUGUUCCGGAGGCGUUUAGCUUGAAGAUCCAGCGUCGUUUGGCUAGUACUGUGCCCCCUAGGCCCAUGGUCGAGAUUCGUCUGGCAGAUGCGAUGGCGCAUAUGAAGAGGUUUUGUCGGGAUGCAGUUGAUGCGCUGCAGAUUUCGGAGUAUAAAGGGCCGUAUAAUUUGCAGACAUUAGUAUGGGCACUGCAGUCGCGCAAGCCGCAGCCGUGUGUCUAUGUUAGAUCCCUUGUUCAGUCGCUUCUUGUCAAUAAGAUGAAGAUCCUUGGCUCGGUGGCUGUGAAGGAUUUCUUCUUCGAUGCGCUUGCCGAGAUUGUUUUGCCGGACAGUCGACUUUUGGAUCCGGAGAAUGAGGAGGUAGAGGUCCCGUCGGAUUCCAGGUUUCAGAUCGCUAAACAUGUGGAUAACUUUGUUAAACGGGCUGCACAGCUGUUCGUCGAUGUUUACCGUACCGCCUGUUUGAACAGGUGUCGAGUCCGCCGCACACUCUGCCACGCCAUUGUCGACUGGGACGCUCUGCAGGCAGAGGCCGAAGAUUUCGACGUCCACCUCCGCACCUUAUCCUGCGAACCAUCCAUCAUCCUCCACGGCACGGAGCCCACCUACGCCUACCCACUUAGCAGCUGGGCCUACCACGAAAAACUCCGCCAGAUGCGCUUCAUCCUCCAACUCGGCUUCGAACUAUCCAUCUACUCUCCCGAGGAAAUGCCGGGGAUGUACUGGUAUCUCUCUCACCUCUGCGCGACACACCUCGCCCACCUGGACCGGAUUCGUUCCUGCGUGCACGCGGCGCGCAGGAGAGCGUCCACACCGAUAGCCUCAACGACAGCAACCGAAACCAACAAACCAGACACCGUAACCGCAACCUCAACAGCAACAGUGACAUCAAAACACAACAAAGCCUACACCCGCACCCUCGCCCUUCUCGACCGCCUAACCACCGAACUCGUCGCCAUAGACGCCUUCGCCGUAGCCCUGCACUGCCUCUACGUCCUCCUACACCGCCACAGUCUCCUCCCAUCCAUCCACCUCGCCUCCACCACUACCACCACCUCCACCACCUCCUCCUCCUCCUCUACAUCGUCACCCCCAUCCCCACGCCGGCCAUCCACAAAAACCUUCUCGUCCCCCCGUCUCCGCUACGAACUGCGCAUGAAGCCCUUCCUGCCCAUCUCGCUGCCCGAACUCGUGCCGUACGAGAUGUUCGAGCAGGAGGCGGCGCUGGCGGGGGAUCCGGAUGAGGAUGUGCUGGAGAGGGGGCUGAGGGCCGUGGCGGAGGCGAAGAAGGGUGUUGAGAAGUGUCUUGGGGGUGGGGCGGUUUUGGGCUGGGAGUGGGGAGGUAAGAAUGGUGUGGAUGGGAAGGGGGCGGGAGACAGUGAAAAGGCGGGAGCGCCCGAGCGACCUAAGAGUCUGGAGGACGAUUGGAUGGCAGAUAUGAAGGAUUCGCUGCGCGCGUGUAUUGCGGCUAGUAUUGCUAUUGAAGUUGUGAAGAGGGCUAUGACUGCGGCCGGGUCAGGGGGCGGCGGUGAUGGGAAUGGGAGUGGCGGGAGUGGCAGUGGUGACGGAGAAUGUGAAAGACGGCCGAAGCUCAACUUGGCUGUGGAGAUUCCGCCGGUAGGGUCGAAGGGCCGUUGGCAUGAUUGGUGGGCUGUGCCUCGGGUUACGGAGGUUUUGCCUGUUAGGGGUGGGGGUGCAUAG